AUGGAAAAACAUAGUGUAGCUUAAUUAUUUUUAAAGGAACUUCAAAUAUUUCUGGCUCUGCUGUUAGGUGAGAAUUGCUUUAGCUUAGGUCUACAACAAUCAGAGGGGAUUGACUCCAUAAUUCCAAUAAUUUUGAAUUUUAUUUCUGGAUUAGCAUUUUUCAUAGUAUAAUACAAAGAUUACAAUAACGUCAAACUCUUUUGGAAAUUGAAAUUAUUAAUAAUACUGAUAUAAGUAUCUUUGAACGUGGAAACGAGUCAAUAUUGCUUGAUCGUUGUUCAUUUGUUGGAGGAUCAAUUGUUGAAGGGUUUUUUUUUGGCAACAGCUCUAUUAAUAAACAUAAUACAAGAUCAGGAAAUAAAUUACAUAACAACGAUUCCGAAUGCCAUUUUGCUAUUUUUCAAUAUUCUGUACUGGUUGGGGUUCUUUUUGAGGAAUUGCAUGUACUCAAAGACAGGAAAUGCCUACAUUGAUCAAGGGCUUCAACAAAAGUCUCUUNCUCUAAUAGCAAAAAUAUGA